UCCAACACCCCCAUCCUCCUCUCUCCACCUCGCACUCCCUCUCCCUCUUUUCACUCCCUCUUGCUUCGUCCUGGCUGCCUUCACCCUAUUUGUACAUAGUCAUCUUCACCAUCCCCUGGUCCAACUGGGCCUGUUUCAUUUUGCACAGCACAUUCCAUAUUUUCAUUCAUAUCUCUGAAUCAACAAAAAAAAAAAAAAAAAAAAAAGAAUUAGUACCUCUGAUACCACUGAACACCCUCGAUACCACUGAAUACCAUCCAUACCAUUGAAUACCAUCCCUCUCCCAACAAUGCAUGCUAUCCGUGGCCAAGCUCUCCCUUCCAGCUUCCCUGCACUCCCUGACCAUCUGACCGCCCCCAUCACCAGCGGCGGAAAGAAAAAGUCCUCGUCCUUCUCUACCGCAUCUUCGUCCGCCCACUCGUCGCAUGACCAUCUCGAUGGACGCGGUAAGGCUGCGGCCAAGGACAAGAACGACAAGAACGGCACCAAGGAUAUCAGCAGAAUGAUGGUCAGCGCCAGCCUGAUGACAUCGACAGCCUUCCUUGGGCCAUCUGCCGCGUUGUCUUCGCCUUUGCCCGCAGGACAGCGCGAUCGAAGCAGCAGCAUUGCCAGCCAGCGGAGCAUUGCCAGCCAGCGAAGCACUGCCAGCAGCACCCUAUCCUCCAGCCUCAGUGUCGGGCCAAGCCAUCAGCAGCUGCAACAGGAACAACAACAGAGCCGAUUGCCAUCCUUUUUCAGACGUCGAAAGCACUCCUCCGCUUCUUCCUCGUCCUCGUCCUCCACUCUGCAGACCUCCUCCUCCUCCCUCUCCUCGCAACACCACGUCCACGCCCACGCCCUGCAGCAGCACACUAUCAUCAUGGUUCCCCAACACGACAUCCACAUCGUCUGGCCAUACCCCGUCCCCAGCGGGAACGCAUACAUCGCCGGUACCUGGUCUGUCCCCGGGCACGGGCCAUGGGAGAAGCUGCCCAUGACCCGCAUCGCCGGUACAGACACCUUCGAAAUCCAUCUCGACGUCCAAGAGGUCGAAGACAUCUCCGACUAUCUCGACGACGACGGAUAUCUCCACCAUGAGCUGCUGGACCACCACCAUCCACACGAUCAGUCCUCCUCCACCCCUUCCUCCCCUGCAUCCACCCAACCUGCACACCUCUCCAAACGCAAGCGCAUUGCCCGGUUCUUUGGCCGAUCGCGAUCCUCCUCCACAUCGACACCCUCUACACUAGACUCCUCCCGAGAUCUCCAUAUCGACCUCCCUUAUCACCAUCAGAGCAAGGAUGGCAUUAUCUUGCCCUUGAUGCGGGAGUACCGCUAUCAAUUCAAGUUUGUGAUCGAUGACGAGUGGAAAUGCGAUCCCCACCGACACCAAGUAUGGGAUAACGAGGGGCAUUGCAACCACGAACUCGUCGUCGACCUAAUCGAACAGAUCCAACUGUCCCCAUCCCCCAACCGCAGCCGUAGCUCGAGCAUCCAGAGUCAGCAAGAGAAUGUCGAGACCGCGGCAAGUCAAACCAUCCCUCAAGUGUUGGUCGAAGAAGCCCCUAAUCCUGCGACAACAUCUGAUGGGGAUACAGCUGUCACUGCUGUCGCCCUUGACUCUUCACCCACACCCCCUGCUUCUGAUCAGGAUGGCAGAAUUUCCACAUCUACAGAUGAGCACAUGCUCGAGCCAGCCGUCGCUGCUGCUAUUGUUGCCGACCCCUUAUCUGCGCCUGCUGCUCUCGCUACCAACUCUGAGCGAGAGAUAGGUGCACCAGAGAACCUCGAUGCCAAUGCUUCCAGCGUAGACGAAUCACUGCCACAGAUCACUGCGCAGCCGGUCGGCGUGCUUGCCCAGGAACUAUCGAUUGAGGAGACUGCAGAGAACGUCGAGUCUGAGGCUAAAGUCGAGACCGAGGUGACCCAUUCUGUGGAGGAAGAGGGUUUGACAGCUGCUGAGGAGCCAACGCUUACUGCGGUCAUUGCCCCUGAGCACGUCCCUGAGCACGUCCCUGCAGAUGAAACCAUCGAUGCAGCAGAGCCUGCUCCUGCUCCUACUCCUGCUCCUACUCCUGCUCCUACUCCUGCUCCUGCUCCUGCAACUAUUCCAUUGUCGUAUGCCGCUGCGGUCCAGUCACGCGCUGCAGUCGAGCCCAAGCCUGAGCCAUUCGUUUUGCAAGCCGCCGCCAAUCCUGAAGAGCAUCACAGCCCUACUGUGGCUCGUCAUCACAGCAACAAAUCCUUCAGAGCUGUACAGCUCGAGGUCGUGACCGAUACCAGUGCUACAGCCUAUUCCCAGGUCCCAUCACCACCUCUGACUCCGAACACGGUCUCUGAGAAGAACACAUCGUUAGAAGAACAGGACUCUGAUGUUGAGAGCAUUGAUUUGUCUGUGUUGUUGACGCCUCGGUCGGAGGCGUCUGCUUCGACGACCAAGCUAUCGGUCUUUAGUGAAAUUUCGGUGGAGAGCGAUAAUGAGACGAUGGAUGUGUUGAAUGAUCAUGCGAUGGAGAAGAAGACGAAGACGACCAACGUUGGCAGUUCUGAUGCUGAUUCUGCUGAGAAGAAGCUACUGCCAGAGACAUAUCCGAACUUGCUGUGGAGUAUUUGCAAGACUACGGUCGUCGUCUCUGCUGCCGUGGUGGUCCUUGGCUUCGGAAUCGGACGCAAGAGGGACUAAAAGCGAUGGGUUGUCGAGACUCAACUCUUUCUCUUCCUCUUGUUUCUUUCUUGUCUUGUUGUCUUGUGAGAUAGGGUUGAAUCCCAUUAGUAGUUAUGGUUUCUGCUUUGCAAUAGUUUUUAGGUCUGUAGUACUCAUAUAUACGAUAUAAGA